CUAGCCUUUGUUUGCAAGUCAUAUGUCUGGCCGAGAACGCGACACCCAACUUUGAGGCUGCUCGCAGAGAGAUAGAAAUAAAGUGCGUCGAUUUGCUUGUCCCACGCAGAUUCGGACAGCAUGCGUCUGAAGUCGUGAUAGACACGCGAGCGAACGAUGGCGUUGACCAAGGUUCCCGAGCAGAAGGUGAUCCUGUGCGGCGAAUACGGCGUCGGCAAGAGCUCACUGUUCCGUCGUUACGCGGCCAACACUUUCGUCAGUUCGAGUGACCGCCAGUCGACUCUCGGCCUCGACCACUACGAGCGCCAGUACAAAGUGAAUGACAAGUUUAUUAAGUUGCAGCUCUGGGACACAGGCGGCAUGGAACGUGUCGCUUCCAUCACGUCCAGUUACUACAAGUUCGCUGAGGCGGCCAUCCUCGUCUUCAGCCUGGACAACCCGGCCUCAUUCCACGUGCUGUCCCAGCACCUCCUCGACAUUGUCACCUACGCGGAAAAUGCAAAGAUUUUCCUAUGCGGGAAUAAAUCAGAUCUUGGUGCUCAGCAGGUCACUGACCAGGACAUGGAGACAUUUUGUGAGCAGUGUCACAAUCUUGUGUCCGCCACCUACCGCACUUCAUGCAAAACAGGCCAAGGAGUAGAGGAAAUGUUUUCGGACAUCGCGCAGCACCUCGUCCAGGCUAACCGGUCGCGCCUCGAACUGCAGGCAAUGGACACGGACAGCUUCAAGAUUACGCCUCCAGGCCCUGAGCCUGCAGACCCCUCUUGUUUGUGUUAGUGAGAAUUUUAUUACUUUCCCUCGUGUCAAGAAGAGCAUUUAUAGAGCGGUCCUUUUGGAACCGCCAAAUAUCAAGCAGUGAAAGUAAAAAAAAGUAAUUUUGCCAAUUUUGCUUUGUGUGUCACAUUUUGCAUCAGAGUCUCAACUCUUCUUCUUAGUGUAUUUAAAUUCUACAGGUGUAAAAAAUGUGAAGUGCUGCUGCGUUGUGGGUUGAAAAUGUGUCAAGUGUGAAAGGGGACUGGCGCAGAGGAGCGAAAUAUUCGUCAACUAUAAUGAUUGGAAAAUUGUUAUCGCCAAUUUGUUGCUGAUGCGCUUUUAUAUUGAGAGCCAAUAUAUGAGAUUUAUUUCGCUUAUAAAAUAAAUCAAUUAUUCAAAUUUAUGACAAUUUACAAAGACAAAAAGAAA